GCUACUUCCGGGCUCCUGAGGGCCACACGUGUACACUCCCAGCGCAAGGACCAGCGGAGGAGCCUCCUGCUCCUUCUCGCUUCCUGCUCCCUGGGCAGCGACAGAGUCCCUGAAGGCAGAGGUAGCAGAGCGGAUUUCAAUUUUGGGGACUCCAGGAGCGCCGGUCACCUACCGCCUUGGGCGCCGCCAUCUUGAUAGGAUUACGUAACCGGAAGGGGCCGGUCUUAUUCCACCCGCCUAAUUCCGGCUAAGACUUCUCUUCGUACGGCCACACCUCCUCCGUUUUCCAACCCUCCUCGUAAAGGCGCCAGCUCUUUUUACUCUUGGGUUUAGGGAUUGCUGGGAGCCCUCUCCGUGGGCCUUAAAAUGGGACUCUGCAGGCUUUCCCUAGGGGAGGGUGUGCAAUACUUCCUGGUGGAGGACCGACCUUCCCCCCGGCUGUGCUCACAGUCCCCCUGAACUUGCUUGUUCCUUCAGCUCUCACUGGCUACCUCCGUAAAACAGGGAAUGAUGUGACUGAGAAAGUGACUGUCUCAUUCUUUAAGCCAGGGUCAGGGAAGGGAGAGGUCGAGGGUUUUGGUGAAGUUAAACUUCAGGGCAAGAGACAGAGGUGAGCUCUCAAGACUAGUAUUGUGAUGUGUUCUCGAUUUCAGUUUGGAGUUCAAGGCUAGAUCUCAGGGUGAAGUUUCAAGGUGAAGUCUUCUGGAUAGAAUUAUUCAUUCACUCCCCAGGUAUUUACUGAGCACCUACUACGUGUCAGGAACUACCCUGGGUGCUGAGGUUACCGUGGUGAACAGGACAGACCAAGUCCCUCUAUCAGGGAGUUAACAUUUCAGGCAGGGAGAAGAUGGAUAAGAAACAAAUGAAUAAGCAAGAUAACUUCAGAUAGUGUUUGAUAAGAGGCAAAUAAAAACAGGCAAUAUAAUAGGGAGUGACUAGGGGGCAGGGCCAUCAGCAAAGGCUCUCUGAAGAGGUGCCAAUUAAGUGGAGGUGAAGAUAAGGAGACAGCCAUUCAAAGAUCUGGGGGAAAAGUGAUCCAGGCAGAGGUAACAACCAGUGCAAAGGCCCAGAGGUGGGAACCAGCUUGCGGAGAGAGGUAGGAGACUGGGUCAGAGUGGUGGGCAGAAAGCUGACUGCUUUAUUCCACUCUCAGGGGUGUGUUAUGAUCUGAUCGACAUUUUCUAAAGAUCAUCUCUGCCAUGUGGAGAACAGAUCUUGGAGGGGAAGGGUGGAAGCAGGGCUGUAGCAAAGAGGCUACUGAAAUAGUCUAGACAAGAGCUGAAUGGGGACAGGAGCAGGGACGGGGUGAUGGAAAUGGUGAGAAGUGUUCAGAUUAUGAGUCUAUUUUGAAGAGCAUGCCAAUAGUUCAAGAAACUGAAAGGAUAGUGAUGCCACUUAUGGAACUGGGGAAACUGGGAUUGGAGCAUGUUUGGAAGAGCAGGGGUAGGCAGAAUAGUGUCCCCUCCCAAAAUAUGUGCAUCCUGAUCCCUGUGAAUGUGUUACAUAUGUGGUAAGGGGAAGAUGUGAUUAAGUGAAGAAUCUUGAGAUGGGAAGGUUAUCCUGGAUAAUCGGGAUGGGCCCGAUGUAAUCACAAAGGUCCUCUUAGAUGAAGGCAGGAGGGUCAGUCAGUAGGAGACGUGAUGAGAGGUGCAAGAGGUUGGAGUGAUGCAAGGAAGGGGCUGUGAGCCAAGGAGUGCGGGUGGCUUCCAGAAGCUGAGAAAGGCUAGGAAAUGGGUUCUACCCUAGAGCCUCUAGAACCCAACCCUGUGGACCCACUUUAGACUUCUGACCUCUAGAACUGUAAGAUAAUAACUUUGUGUUGUUUUAAGCCACUAAGUUUGUGACAAUUUGUUACAGGAGCAGUGGGAAACUAAUACAGCGUUGUAAGUCCCAACUCAGAGUUCUGUUUUGAGUAUAUUCACCUUGAGAUGCCUGAGGCAUCCAGGUGGAGAUGCUGAGUAGAGGUCUGGAGCUCAGGAGGGAGGUCAAGGCUGGAGUCACAGACUUGGGAGCCAUUGAUGUACAGAUGGAAUUUGAACACCCUGAGCCUGAAAGACAGAUUCUAGCAGAAUGAGGCCCACAGUGUGUCCCAACCUUUCCCACAGCCGGGCCAAUGCUGAUAGUGAUAAUAUCUGUGGGCAAGUCUGUGGUUGGUAGAAUUGGCUGUUCCCCUGUAGGACAGCAGCCUGGACACUGAGGGGUCAUCCUCUUGGAAGCCACCAUUGGCUGCUCAGGCACACUGGUUGGGAGGCCCUGGAAUGGCCUGAGUGGAGUAGAGGGAAGGACCAAGCAGGGGGUUAACCAGGGGCCAAGUGGAGAAGAAGGCAGCAGAGGAGACUGAGGAGGAGUAGGAGGAGAUGAGACCAGGCAUUCAGACAUCAGCACCCAUAAGAGGUCAGGCCUGAGAAGAGGUAGAGUGUGACCUCUGCUAGAGGGGCUGUGGUUGGACCCUUGUGCGCAGAGUUGAGGUUAGACGUCAACAGGAAAGAAGAAACACACGAGGCUGCUGAUUCUCACUGCAGAAUGGACUUUGGGAUGCUAUCCCAGCCUCCUCCUCCCCCACCUCCGCUCUGCCCUUUCCUCCCCCCACCCCCAAGCUCCCCAGGGGACUGGGUCACUCUGGACCUUGCUACUUCCUGCUCCUGGCUGCUGUUGCUCAGAGACUAUGGAGCAGUGGAGGCAGCUGAGGCAGGCUGGACUCGUGCCCCCAGGGCUAGGCCCACCUCCCCCGGCCCUGAUGGCGGUCCCCCCAGCGGGGAGGGCUGAUCAGACCCUCAAGUCCCCAGGGUUAAACACUGAAGGUGUCUGGGACCGUCUUCUGUGGAUCUGGGAAGAGCUGGGGAACCUCCGCCGAGUGGACGCCCAGCUGCUGGGCCAGCUGUGCAGCCUGGGGCUGGAGAUGGGGGCGCUACGGGAAGAACUGGUUGCCUUCCUGGAAGAAGAGGAGGAGAAGGAGAGCAUCGAGGAAGAGGAGGAGGGCAAAGAGCCCGAGCGCAAGAAGGAGGAAGGACACCUGGGGGCCUCCCACCCAGCCCAGUGCCACCGCCUCCCUGACUUUGAGAUGACCAUCUGAGGCCCUGCCAAUGUGCUUCCGAUUGACAUAGGAAUGAGAUGCAAAUUUAUGCAAAGAAGACGGGGGAUGUGCAGGUCAAAUCAAGUGAAAUGUUGAUUUGGAGCCCACAUGUGUUCCUUGAACAAGUACUUUCUCUGAAGAUGUCUGAGAUGAGACUGAGGGGUUGGCCUGUGAGCUGUGGGCAUGUUUGUGGGUGAUCAGGGAGGUUUGUAGAGAAACUCUAGGUGUAUUUGCAGAGGAGCCGCAGGUGUGUUGCAGAGGAGACGUGGGUCUCUGGUGGAGAUGUGGGUAGAUGGCUACUGAGCACCUGAGACAUGGCUAGCCCUAAUUGAGGUGCUCCGUAUGUGUGACAUACACACCAGAUUUCAAAGGCUUGGUAUGAUAAAGAGAUUAUCAAACAUUUCCACAAUCUUAAAAAUUAAUAACAUUGAAAUGAUAAAUAUUUUGAGUAUAUUGGGGUAAAUAAAAAGAUUACUAAAA